UUUUGAUCGAUAAUUGACUAAUGAGUAGUAUAGUAUAUGGUUGAAGAAGGCUCGAAAUAGAACCAAGCAACAAAAAUGGCGAUAUUCUGCAAAUUCAUCUCAAAGGACGUUUGAAACUCUAAGAAAAAAAGUGUGUUCCAAUUGGAAAAUGGUGCAGAUUCUUCUCCAUUCAUCAGCCCCAUUUCUUCUCCAAUGCUGUUCUUCUCCUCCUACUUCCUCCAGGGGAAUGCAUGGCAAAGUAAUGUUGAAGAAUGGUUUUGAGCAACCUGCUCUAAGAAAGCUUGUGUCUCAACAUGUACUCUCUGGAUUUGCUGCUUCAUUGAUAUUUCUCACUCAAACAAACCAGGCUAUCUCUGUAGAUAUACCUCGCCGUGAAAACUUGUGUCAGCUUGCAAGUGCAGAGAAUGCUGCAAGCCUUCCUUUUGACAAUGAUUCUGAUGGAGGGGGAAGGUUGAUGAUGAUGAGAGGGAUGACAGCCAAAAAUUUUGAUCCCGUUCGAUACUCAGGAAGAUGGUUCGAAGUUGCUUCGCUUAAACGUGGAUUUGCUGGACAAGGUCAGGAAGACUGCCACUGCACCCAGGGUGCAUACACAUUUGAUAUGGCGACACCAGCAAUACAAGUAGAUACCUUUUGUGUUCAUGGAAGCCCUGACGGAUAUAUAACUGGGAUAAGAGGAAGAGUUCAGUGUCUUCCAGAGGAAGAUUUACUGAAAAAUGCAACCGAGCUGGAGAAGCAGGAGAUGAUCAAGGAGAAAUGUUACCUGCGUUUUCCUACAUUGCCAUUUAUACCUAAGGAGCCUUAUGAUGUCAUUGCAACUGAUUAUGACAACUUUGCUAUAGUUUCUGGAGCUAAAGACCUUAGCUUUGUUCAGAUCUAUUCAAGAACGCCAAACCCGGGACGCGACUUCAUAGAGAAGUACAAAUCGUACUUGGCGAAUUUUGGGUAUGAUCCAAGCAAAAUCAAGGACACUCCUCAAGAUUGUGAAGUAAUGUCAAAUAGUCAGCUAGCUGCAAUGAUGUCAAUGUCUGGAAUGCAACAGGCUUUGACAAAUCAAUUUCCAGAUUUAGGGCUAAAGGCUCCUAUUGAACUCAACCCCUUCACAAGUGUAUUUGAUACUUUCAAAAAGCUACUAGAGCUCUAUUUCAAAUAGUACUUAUGUGGUGCUAUCUGUGUUGAGCAUUCUGGUUUAAACACUCAUUAGUGCUUAAUUUAAAUGAGUAUCAAAUAUGGUGGGAAGCCUUUUGCUAGCA